GCAGCACCAUGGCGGACGGGGAGGUGUAUUCGUUCGUGGCGGAAUGGUUCGAUCCGCAGGCCGAAGUAGCAAGGUCCUUCCUUCUCACGUACUAUGCCAACGACGGGUCCCUUGAAAUGGUAGACAAGAAGUCACUCAAGCCGUUCCUGAAGAGAAUCAAGUUUCCCGGCUUAAAAGUUGUCGAUCUGUUUGUUGGUGCUUGCGUGUCUGUGUAUUCCCGUCAAAUCAACCUCGUCGACUGUGCCAACGAGUACACACGAACCCUCCUCGCGUCACGCGGCGCGAACACGCUCUUCCUCAUCAAUCCCGCGGGAUAUCGGUCCAUUGGAUGCAUCAUAUCGGCACUUGAAGCAUGCCAUCUCUCCCUCGUGAAAUUGCGCAUGAUUCAUAUCAAACCGAACGACUUGGCUAUCGUCUGCAAACAUGUCGACGGGAUGGAUCCAUCACCGGAGAGCUCACAAGAAUGGACCCGCGACUUUUCUGUCGCGAUCGAGGUGUCCGUCGGCGGCCCAGCCGCUGUCUCCGACGCCCUUCGACAGCUUGGGUCUGCUCGAGCCUUCAUUGUAACAGGCCGUGCAUCUCCGUACUUCUUUGAUGCAAAUGCAUUUCCCACGACUGCCGCGAUGGACGACUGCUCGACGCUCUGCCUCAUUCGACCUCGAGUGGUCAAGGCCGGUCAAUGUGGCGCUGUCGUCGAUAAAAUACUGACGGCAGGUUUUGAGAUCUCGGCGCUUAAGCUCGUGCAUGUUCCCGUCGCAGCCAUCGACGCAUUUCUCGCAAUCUACAAGCCCGUGACGCGUCAAUAUCACGAACUGGUCAAGUACAUGUCGAGUGGGCCGUUGGUGGCCGUCGAAGUCCGCGGCAACGACGUGGUGAAUCGUUUUCAAGAAUUUUGUGGGCCGUUUGACGUACAAGUCGCGAGGGAAUUGGCCCCCACGACCCUUCGCGCCGUGUUUGGGCACACCAACAUGCAGAAUGCCGUGCACUGCACGGAUUGUCCCGAAGACGGCGGGCUCGAGACUCAGUUCUUCUUUCGAGUGCUUGCGUAAUGAGCCCAAAUGCGACCCCAGUUACUGAACAUACUCGUCAAAUCAGCGUACAAAAUCUCAAUCCCAUCGUUCUGGCGACG